UCUGACACAAUAAUUUGAGGACCUCACAGUCGUCAAAUUCUUGUCAAACGAUUUUGAAAUAUGUCUAAAGAUUGUACGAUUCUCUUUUAGAUAUGAGCGAUACGUCCCAGAACCAAGAUCAGAUAAACGAACAAGCCUCAGUGUUUUCCAUAGUUUGCAGGAUAUGUUACGAUGCAGACAGUAACGAAGAACUCAUAACGCCAUGUCGUUGUAAGGGGACUGUGGCUUACGUCCACAGAAGCUGUUUGGAGACGUGGCUGGCAGAAGCCAACGCCACAAACUGUGAACUAUGCCAUCAAGCUUUCCACACGGAAAGAACGCCUAAGUACACCACUUGUCAAUCUCUUUGGAGAUGGCUGCGCUACCAACCUACAGCCAAUGAGGUCGGACGUGGUAUUAUAGGUGACAUGCUAGCUUGUGCUGCUAUAACCCCAAUGGCCGUUGUCAUAACCUAUGUUUGUCUUUUUUCUUCCGACUACUACAACCAGAAAAAAUUCCAAGCACUCACAGCUGCUAAAUGGACCUCUGUAUCACUUCUAGUCAUGAUCGGAAUCAUGCUAGUAGGCUAUUACAUGUGGGUGUUUUCAAUCAUCAAACUGCACAUGACCGUUUGGUACAAUUGGUGGCAGAGGGAGUGUAUAGUUCGGUACAUCCCACCAUCUUCCAUUCCAAGAAUAACAUCACCUUUACGAACUGCCAGAAGAGAUACCGUAAUCACAAUCGUACCUUCAAGUAGAGAUGUAGACACUACAGAGUUUAUUGAUGUGGAAGCAGUUGAUUCGAAGCCUAAGUUGACUCCGCCCAUCAGACCUAUAGUUAAGCCGCCCAAAACUACUUCAGCGUUUUUCUUUGGGAAAACGAAGGUACUGCCUACAAUCGAGGAGAGGGAUAGUGAAACUGUUAUCAAUAUUGUGCAGAGUUCUUCUAGAAAUAUGCAUUUGUUCUUGAGCAGCACCUCGAGAAUUGUUUUGGAGAAUGAGGACUCGGAUGAUAGAAAAAAACAAGCGGAAGAUGUAGAGGACCAAAAUGUAGACUAAGUGUGAGAUGUCCUUGAUAAAUAAACGUUUAUGCAUUUAUAA